CAACAAGAGAUUAACUCAAAGUACAGAUGUCUGUUUGAGUUCUACUGACUGGAGCCAGCUUUGGAAGGAAACAUGGAAAAAAUAUUUUAAACAAAUAUCAUUCUUUGAAAAUUGCCAGGUAAACGAGUUCUGUUUUAUGUGCGCGCGAUUUUUUCGCGUUGAAAUAUAAACUGAAGUAGACGGGCCGAAUCAUGGGUCGAAGACACCAAACUCUGCUUUCCUCGCAUGAUUUGACUAAAAAUACGGAAAAUUUGAACACCAGGUGAAAAUAAAUGAAUCAUGUCACCAUGUGGAACGAGAUUUAAAGGAACAAAAUUUCUAGGCCAAAAAAAGUUUACUACCUAUCUUAAGCACUGGAAAAUUGAGUCGCACGACAUAACUAAUUAACAAUUUAUUUGAAAUAAGCAAUAGUGCGCUCGUUUUUCUUUUUUCCUCUUUUUUUUAAAUUUAAUUUUACUGUCUAGUAUCAGGGAUUAGAUCGACCCGGCAUGAUUGAAAUUUCAAACAAAGGUCUUGAAUUGAGUUUCAGGCUUGUCUUCCCAAGGGAACCGAACCGCCCGUGUUUGUCUCAAUCUUUUUCGCGUGUUCGAUAAAUUAUCGAAAGAAUGAUUCACGAUCAACUCAUGCAACUAAAACUAUGAUGAGAAAUGAAAUAAUUUGAGUUAAAAUUUCAGCGAUGUAUGAUAAUCUGUUAUGAAAUUCUAACAUCAGAGACAAACAGCUUGAAAAAUUUCAAAGAUCUUGAUAUUUUUCGUUUGCCAGAGUUAUUAAACACAGUCUACUUAUUAUUCAAGAAAGUCCAGUCAAUCAAAGCAGAAAAAGAAUACGAUUUAUGUUUUAUAAACACAAGGAAACCCAGUCAAACUGGGGUUGGUUCUAUUAAAAGAAUCAUUUUUGUGAGUGAUAAUACCGAUGGUUUUGUUGAGCGUGGGGCAUAGUGCAGAUUAGCUCGUGAUUGGUUAUACAGGAACAGUUGUUCUCCACAUGGGCACUCGUUAACUCAUUAGCAGUUGGAUGAAAUGAGUUUGGAUUCAUAUUAUCAUCAAACAUCGGUCGUGAUCAGUUAUACAAAAGGGUUUUUUCAUGUGGUUUGCAAAGGUUGAGUUUUAUUUACCUCAGUGACGCCUUCGAUAUUUCCAUAUUCAUCACCAAAUAUUUUUAUUAAAAUAGAGAAACAAAGAGAUGAAUUACAAACUCAAUUUUAAAACGAAAACAGUGACAAAAAGUGAUUGAGCUGAUAACGUGAGAUAUUUUUCUGACCUCGUAAUUUGAUUUACGUCCACUGUUAAACACCAGUACAUAUAUCACCGCAAAUGGUCUUUUUUGUUUUCUGUACACGCAAAUGUUCGCCCGCGUUCAAAAUGCUGAUAUUUUUAAAGUUUCCAUCUUAUUAUAAUUAAUUUCUGAUCCGUUCUGUGUGAACUUGGCUAAUUUUCUUACUCAGUUAAGAAGAGGGGACUGAGAUAAAUUUCGGGGCAAUUAUUUCCUCCUACGAACUCCUCAUCUUAAAUUGUCGCCAUUGGUGAGGGGUUAAUUAUGGUUUCGGUGGCAGUCCUCAGGAUUCCGCGGAAUCUGUGAUCAAUCGGUACAAGAAUCAAUUAAAGAUUUUACAAUUACCUAAACUGAGACAGUACGUGACUUAAACCUUACCUGGUGGUUGGCUUUCUUUUUUCCAAAAUGUUAGAAUCAUCCCGAGUCUUAACCGACCGAACGAAGCUUUUCUUCUUUUUCUGUAUUUCGAUUCUUGUUAUACAGGAGUUUUUACCGAACAUCCUCAUUAAAUUUACGACUGUUCUACCAUUCAAAUAGCUCUGUUUCGGGCGAUGUGCGAAAGCCUGAAUUUCCCGCCCGUCACGACACACCUUUGCAUGAUAAAUUAACAGGAACUAACGGACAAACUGACAUGUUCAGCGAGCUAAUCAGAGUUACAUAAUUCCGCACUCUAACUUUUCAUUCUUUAGGUAAGGUCUUAUUUAAGAAUUUCAUUGUUUCAACGAUUCAGUCGCAAAACUAGUGGCCUUUUAAGACAGUAAUGAAGAAAAACUGAUACGGUGUAGGUUUUCGGAAAAUCCUCGAAAUAUACACUUGAUAACGUUAGGCAUAAUCACCUCGAUACAACUGCUUGCUUUUAGCAUGAAAUGAUAAGCGGGACUUUUGAGAAUGAGCCACCGAGGUUUAGAAAUUCUUCUACAAAUAUAGCGUGGUCUACGUGAUAUACGCCUUUAAUCAAUUUCCCUUUAUUUGCGGGGAGAAGUAUACUCAUAUAUCCAUUGCCUUCAAUGUGUUUCUAUUACUGUAACAUGAAAAUAAAAAAAAUAUAUAAUGUAUCACAACUGAAAUUUUCUCUGGGUACAUAGGGACAUGUGCUGUGAGUAGCUGCAGAAGAAACAUCGAUUGUGCAGAUUACUAUCAGCCAAUUGGCAAAGCGCAUACAGGAUGGUCUUCCCUCCAGGUAAAUAAAUCAGUUAUGGACUUCUGUCAAUUUUCUCUGUAAUGAAAGCAAAGGAACUGAAGGAUUUGAAGAAGUUGUGACAGGAAGCCUGAUUCUGUUCAAAUCCUGUCGACCCAUAGUGGAUUGGGUUUUGGUUGUCCUAUACUUUAAUGUAGGUGGCAUAACUGCAAUGCGACAUUUGAGGUGGUGUCUUGCACGAAAACUACAUAUGGUUCAAAAGGGAAAUGAAAUUGAAAACUUUGCGUCUAUAUCAUGUGGCACUUGGGAAGUGAAGCAGUGAUAUAUAUCUAUUUAUAUAAUAAGCUCAGUUAUGUACGCAUUCUGAUUGGUUCUCACUUAUGAUCUAUAGGAGGACAGACGUAUAGAUGACGUCAUCAUUAAAACUUUUUUUAAUUCUUUAUUAUAUAAAACAAAUAGAUUCCAAGUUGCCGUGCGUCUGUUCAGUAAUAGAUCACAGAGGACGUCAAAAUGUGGUAUGAACAUAGUGUGCCACUUUUUUGUUCUUACCACAUUUUGACGUCAUCUGUGAUCUAUUACUGAACAGACGCACAGCAACUUGGAAUCUAUUUGUUACUCCAUAGCGUAAAUGGAUUGCUUGGGAUUUAAAUUUUAUGGAUUGGGGAGACUCGGUCAGAUAUCAUAGCUGGCCUUGAUUAGUUCUGGUGAGGUUUCCAUUACGCUCUCCAACGAGGGAAAAUGGGUCCAUUUAUCAUAUGACCGUAGAGCCCCACGCGUGCAAUCGCAUAUUAAACCAAAGCGAAAGCUAACGUGCGCAGGGUCGGACGGGUUGAUGUGAGCCGGUCCGAUCAAAGCCGUCCGGCCUUGCACUUAUACUGUUCUUUUGCAUUUUCCGAGAACGUGACGCACGUCAUGACCUCGAGCUAAGUAUUUUCCCGUUCGGCCCUCCCACUCAGUUAAUAAGUAUAUAUGUUAUCUCUUGGUUCUGACAUUGGUGAUCUCAGCAGUAUUCAGGACGCCUGUCAAAUAUGAAACAGUUAAUGCAAGUGAUGGCCAUCACAAAAUGUUGUCACCGGCACCUUGAAUGUCUCGUACCUAGUCCUCCGACGGCCAAACGUUGGAAGAGGGUCUGAAUACGAGUUCAAGAAGGAAACGUCAGAACAGAUUUAAGGUCUCGUAUCCAGACUUUCUGCAACCAAGCGUUGGACGAGAGUCUGGAUACGAGUUCAAGAAACAUCGUACCAACAUCGUACCUCAUGAUAAAGAUGCAAAAAUUAAGCUCUGUUGCGAUUAAACGUUAAGGCCAUCCUGAUUUUCAUCAUCAAUAUUUUCUCUUGAUGGAUAAAAACGUCAACCACCUUUCAUGUCUGAAGGCAGAAAGUGAAUAACAAUGAUCGAUUUUAAAGAGAAUUACCACAAAAUGGGAAAACUUAGCAGCUCUUUUCAAAGGAAGUGCAUAGGGUGAUUAAAGAAAUAAUUAAUUUUCCUUGUUAUCACCUGAAAUGCAGCUACCUUGUGCAAUUAGGAACUGCACAGACUAAGGACAAUUUUUCAGACGGGAGCGCGAAAACCCCUUGGCUUAUGUUCACCAAGCUUUUGGUUUUACUCUUCUCGUCAACAGCAAACUUGCUUUUUAAAAACUUGAUGGAAACUUGUAAUGCUUAACUGAGUGAUGUCUAAUGUUAACCGGAUAAGCGGAAAGUAGAUUUAGUGUGAGGACAAAAUUGCCCAGGGCAUUACUCUAAAUGACCAAAAUAUGGAAAUCAUCCCGAAUGGUUUUCACCUUUGAUUAUCGGUCAAUGAAAUUCCAGAAGUAAAAUUAUAAAUAAUUAGUAUUGGUUAAGUUAAAACUAAAUGUAAGGUGACUAAGUUACCAUUCGACCAAUGAAAAUAACAUUGUUAACUACGACGGGAAAAUUUCUUUUUGGGUAGGCUUAAAUUCAAGAGAGUAAUUAACUGACUUUGAAACGAAGCUAUUCUUGGCUGCAAGUCUGGAGCCUUCCUUCGUUCAUUUUUGAAGGAUUAGUACCAGAUCAGAUUUCAAAAAGCUCCCCAUUUCGCAUUGAAUUAACAUCCACCUGGCUUUGUUUUGAUUCUCGCAAUCGCACGCUUGGUCAAAAUAAAUUAUUCAUGAGAUCGAUCAAAAACCUAAUGACAGCGAUUCCCAAUCGCCUUUUGCGGGGCGUAACAUUUUAGUAGCAUGUUGAAAUUUUAGUCGAACGUUCUUGCCUUACGGUUCUUGAAGGCCACCAUGGGAUGUAUGUACAGACGAUGAAAUUGUUAAACUCUUUACCUAAAGUUAUCUUCACGUUCAAUUCAAGAUGUUUUGCUAAUCGGUUUUAUUGUAUUCGUGUUUCUUUCAGUGCCAGUCCCGGCCAUCGUAUUUAUGGCGGUUAUCGGCGGCUGUUGUCUUCUUUUACUUGUAUUGUAUCAGUGCUUGAAGGCUGGAAUGUUUUUUAAGACCGAACCACCGGAUGAUAGACCAGACGAGAAGGGAUACGCCGAGCUUGGCGAAGCUUACGGCACUGAAACAGACGAUGAUUAUGUUGGGCCAUCCUCGAAAGCAACAAGCCGUCGAAGUAGCUUUAACACGAGCGGCAGUAAGUCGGAUGGCGAGUUAGCUCUUGGCGAUAGUGCUUCAGUUUAUGGUUACGGUAAAUAUUCGGACGGUGAAUAUAGCCCAGCCAUCGGUAGACACGCUGUAUCGGCUUAUGGUGAAGCAAUCGAUGUCGGUCAAGAGGAAUUUCUUUCAACUGCGGGGAGAUUGCAAGUGUCUGCAAGUUAUGCCCCCACAGCGGAAAAGUUAGCGGUAACUGUUAUUCGUGCCGAGGACGUCCCUACGAAACAGCGCGGUGGCGCGGGCAGUGUUCAAGUCCGCGUGGUAUUGCUACCUUCAAAGAAGCAGCGAUUUAAAACAAAAGCAAAACCAGCCGCAAAUCCGAACUUCCACGAGACAUUUACAUUCAGUCGAGUUCCUCAGAGCGAUUUACACGAAAGUGGCCUCAGGUUUAGGUUGUAUGGUCACGAAAAAAUCUCCAGGGAUAAAUUAUUAGGCGAAAUGACUAUCAAUCUUACUGAAUUCGAUUUAGAAGGCGAUGGAGAAGCACUCUGGCGAACGCUCACACCAAGAAAUGCCCUGAGCGUAAGUAGAUAGAUUUUAACAAAUUUCAUAUGCUGUACUGUUUGUUCACUGCGACGCUUUGCACUUUUGUGUCGAGUGAACUUGCUGGGAAAAUUUGUGGAUGAAAAUAUUGAGCAGUCCUUUUUUUGUCACUGGCUAGUUACCCAAAGGAAAAACAAAAUUGAUAUCCACCUGAAAGUUAUGCAAAAAGUCAAGUGAAAAGCGUCGUAGAUUUACUUCGUAAUGCAAUUUCUCUGAGAGAUUGCUUCGGUUGUCAUUUUUCGCUUUUGGGAUUUUUCGAAGUGUACCGUUUUAUGGAAGAGUAGCAGUAGUCUUCCCAAAAAUCAUAGUUUUUGCUUUAUUUUGGUGUAAAUUGUCGUCAGAAUAAUUUAUUUGAACUUUUCUCAGCACUGUAACGUGGCUCGAUCAGAAUACUGAAGAAAGACGGAAACUAUAUAUGCAAAUCAGUCACCAGUCAAUCAAAUGUAACCAAUGAUCAGCUGGCAUGUUUUUUAAAUCCUUUGUUCGUUGUUGUUGACAAGGCAAUUACAUUAGCACAUGUCACUUUCUGAGCCGGAACGUGGGCAAAUACAAAAGCCUUCCAACACUGUUAUUGUCCUAUAAAAAAGUUCAGAACGUGCCACAAAUUAAAACCUAUUUAGAAUUUAAAUCCUUCUCAGCCGAGUGUUAACGAAUUUCAGUGCAGAGGCUAAUUAAUGACAAAUAAAGUUUUACAUAUUUAAGGCGACUUUGAAACAAGUUUUCAGGCAAACUGAAAAGUUCGCCGGGUCUAUGGCGUCUUCCUUUCUCUGCCUUAUGUUACUGUUAAUCCAAGAUUUGGCGAAAAUGGUAAUGCAAGGCUGUGCAGCAAUACAUCAUUACCCAAACUGAAGGAGAAGCUUCGUUUUUGAAGCAGUUUUGUAAGAAAGCUCUCCAGCUGAGGAUCUUUGCGUAGGUGUCCUAUGUGAUCUGCUUGUAGUGUUUUGUUUAUGCCAAGAGCAACGUACUCUGUCUUUUAAAGGAGAAAAGUAUUAUUAGUUUGAAUCGAGUUUACGACGAGCAAAUUAAUAGAAAGAUAGAAAACUACUGAAAUAGGGGAAAUAAUCUUUAAGACACGAGGAUGAUUAGGGAUUGAGAAAAUUAACAGAAACGCCCAAUUAAAAAGUCUAGGUCAAUAUUCCAGCAAAUCGUCAUGUAGCUUUAAAAAGUACAAAUAUACUUGUAUAUGUAGGGAGCUAACAUUGUUACUGUUUAUACUGUUACAGAGCUCUGACUCCAUGUACGAUUUGUCAGAAAGUGGUAGUGUGAUGAGUUUCGGAUCUCAUGGUUCAGUGUCUUCUCUGGCAAUGACUCAUAGUGGGGCCCCAGAAUUGCUUGUCUCGCUCUGUUAUCAAUCUCUCACUGGCCGCCUAACUGUGGAAGUGCUAAAGGCCAGCAACCUCCGUAAUGUAUCAAUGCAACGUGCACCAGGUACUGUGAACUUUAUCAUUCUUUUAUAUUAAAGAAAUUUUCAGCGUCAAAUAUACUCCAUGAUUGCACUGGUUUUGAUCCACUACGCCUUGCGACUCGCACAACCUAAUUUUUAACUAAUCGAAUGCAAGGCUAUAGUAAACGGAGAUAAGGUAACUUACGUUUUCCCGCGCUUAAUGCAGGUUGUUUUUUUGCCUCGAGUCCCCAUUGACUCCUUGUCAGUAAUAUUUUUCUAUGUUCCGAUUAGCUGCUCUGAUAACCGAACUUUGGAAAUAACGACACUAAAAGAACUCUGGCAAUCCACAUUAUCUCUGAUAAUUGAAAUAGCUCCAACAAAAAAAACAAAUAAACAAGCGAAACUGAACAAAACAUACAAAAAAAAACAAAACAAAAUCAGUCAAAAAAGCAGAAAAACCAGGUCAAGCUUUUCAAUCAGCGAUUGACUCGUCAGAAACGCAAAAGUUUUAUCUUUCUUUUUAAGAUAAUAAUAAUAAACAUCGAAUAACUUCCACUCCGCUUAAAAUCAGGACAAAGUGAUCAAAACGCCACACAUCAUUUACUAUCAAAGAAGCUUUGCUGAGAGCGGAAUUUUGUAAAGGGUUACUCUCAAAGGUUGAUCCGCAAUGCAUGCGUGGAAAGUAAGGAAAUGGUUCACGCCUGGGUUCAUUAUUUAAAAUGCAAUUUGUUAAAAUUCGUUUUGUAGAUUGAUUAACCAUUGAAUUUCUGAUCCCCACCAGUUUACUCUGAGUGAGGAGGACAAAAGCUUCCGAUUAUUCAAUGGAUGGCCAAUAAAAGGGUCGAAUAAAUCAAAUCGAACACGCAUCAUCAAUGUAUAGCAGUCGAUGAAGCAAAAGUACAUCCGGUUAUUUUUCCAUCUUAGUGUUUCAAAAACUUUUCCCAAGAAAUUUUGGAUUUAGGGGACAGACCAAGGAGGCAAGUGUGGGGAGGAGAGAAGUGUGUACCACCUAGACCACUCUGUAGCUUCGUAUACCCAGUUUUAUGAGCUGCAAGCUGAUGUGCGUAUUGAGUAUUGAAAACGAUGCUUUCGAUCCUUAAGAGAAGCGAGUAUUUUCUCUUCCGGUAUAACUGUUGUUCAUAGAGCUUAAACACUAAGAUAAAACAACAAUACAUCGGACACCAAUCAAAUAAAUACGUUAAAAAUGAUGCAAAUAUAUAGUUAAAGGAAAACUUCUCUGCCGGCAUUACUCUAAAUCUUGAUUUAAACGUCACAAAAUAAAGUUUAAAUGUUCAUAAGGGGAAAGAGUUCAUAAACCUCUCACUUACUUUUAAAUCUUCAAAACGUGUAAAUCACCGUAAAAGUAAUGCGCACCCUUUCUCAUUCACUAACAGAUUCAUACGUGAAAGUCACUUUGUUCUCAGCAUCUGGCAAGCAAGUUGCAAAAAGUAAAACUACCAUUAGAAAGAGCAUGGCUGACCCCGAGUAUAACGAAAGUUUCAUGUAUGAGAUUUCCGAGAGAGAUCUACAGCUGGUGAAUUUGAAUAUAUCUGUGAUUGUCAUAACAAAGGCGAGGAAGAAAAAAGAGAUAGGCUGGCUUACCUUGGGAAAAAAUUCUAGCGGGCAAGAAGAAAUCAGGCACUGGAAUGACAUGAUACAGGAAAAAGAAAAAACACUAAGCCGAUGGCAUACUCUCGCAGACGCUUAAUCUUAUGCCCAAGUCCCACUUGUGUCAUUGCUUGGUCGUGAGAGGUCUGGGUGAAAGACUAGCAGACGCAUAGAAAAUCCUUAAAUCAUCAAAUGUUAAUAAGUUAUUCAUUAAGGUGUAUUGAAUAGUUUUCAUUCAUUACUGUGGGAUGAUUAAAACAAGUCAGUAAAUGAAGGGGUUUAAUGCGCAGCAGAUAGUUAAAAACACAGAUAAGUGUCAUAAAUGAUGUGACUUUGACUACCAGUUCAUUAAAAAAAAUAAAAUUUCUAAAUUUGCGGUUCUAAACAGAUUGUUUUUCUUCUUGAAAUUAUCUGGUUUUCUUUCUGUGAUAACCAUAAUCUGUCAUUUAAAUUGAUGAAUCGAGAGGGAUAACCAAUUCUAUUCAAUUAAGUGAAAAAAAAUUAAAAUUCGUUGCGUUGCUAAGGGUCGGUAGACAGUUCACCAAACAUGCAAAAACAGACAUGUUUCCUAUGUUAGCUCUUGCGAAAUAUCGUGCGUAGGUUUUAAUUAAGGCAUCAACGCUCUCGAUAAACAAUUCAUGCCUUCUAGGCAACUGUAACUUGACUACAUGAAGAUGCGACCAGCCAUCUCAGACCAACAGUAUGUUUGACGAAUAAAAUGCUUUAAAUAUCAACAAACCAAAAAAGUUACAUUCGCAUCCUUCUUAAUCGAAAUAAAUUUCAUUCAAAUGAGUUCUAUACUGUUAGUUUUACAAGUUUAAGCAAAGGAACAGAUUUUCCUCUUCAGAAAAUAUAUUUAAACUCACUUUACGCGCGUUCGCACGAUCGAACAAGCAAGAUGAGCGUCGGGCUAGUAAUUGAUAAUCAUAUUAAAAGUUUACUUUCCUCGAAUUGUUUUACAAAUAUUAAAAUAAGAAUGAUAGGUUUUGAAGGCUGUUUCAAAAACUGUGAAUUUGACGAGGUUUCUUUUCAUAACUACUCUCCCCUGGGGCAUUAUUUGAUUUUGGCACACGAAUCAGAUACAGAUAAAAUCUACAUCACAUUGCUUAUUUUGAAAUAAUGUUGUUCGCGACAAUUGUAUAGUAUACAACAGCUAUUUUCGACGAUUGUUGAUCGUUUGCCAACAUAUCAGUGGGAUCGAAUCAAUUUUCGUCCUUUCGGUCGACAAAACGUAACAACUCGUUACCGCGACAUCACGCGUUCAUCGAGAUAAGAAACACGCGAAGUUUCGUUUGCACUUGCAGUUGGUCCAAGCACAACCGAGCGCAGUUCUAACUUCCCAUGAACACACAGCCGAUGCAUGAAAAAAAAAAAAAAAAAAUAAAAAUAAAAUUUCUAUGCUGUAGUGUUUUGAGAGAAAUUCCCCCUGCCAAGCUGUACACAUAGGCACACAAACACGCCUUCAAUGGCGAAUACAUGAAUGAAGAGCAAUAUGUCGAGAACAUAAACAAAAAUUCACAAAUGUCGUGAAUUCUGGUCGGUCGUGAUGUUUUAAAGGGUUUUUAAAUUGCACGAGCCGCCGCCGUUUGCAUCAUGUCUGAGCAUCUUAGUGGCUUUUUGAUGCAUUCCAAGUUAAUUUAUAUCAGCCAUCAUCACUUUUUUGUUACAAACGGGAUCUUGGACAUUUUAUUUGUCUACCUUUUUUGGCAUGGCCUUGCUUUCGUUUUCUUUCCACCCAUCUCAUAAAAAAUUGUUACCGGCGCUUGACGUCUUAAGCAAGUGUUUCUGUAGUCUAUGUUUCCCAUACAAUGCGCUUUGACUAACUUUUGUGAUUGAUUUCAAUUUCAGAUACUUAUGUUAAAGUGGCAAUGUUCAACUCCAUUGGACAGCAACUCUCCAAAAGUAAAACGUCAAUACGUCGCAGCAUGUGUGACCCGGAAUACAACGAGAACUUUGUAUUCCAGAUAAUAGAAUUUGAACUGCCUAGUGUAAGCCUCAUGUUCUCUGUGGUCAACAUCAAGAAGAUGAGGAGAAAGGAGAUUAUAGGAUGGUUCUCAAUGGGCAGGGAUAACACUGGCGAAGAUGAAGAAGCUCAUUGGAAAGAAAUGAUUGAAGCUAAGGGUCAACCACGGAAGAGAUGGCACAUUCUAAGUGCUGUGGACUACUAA